UUGAAGAACGACCUUUACCGUGCUGUCGGGUUCCUGGAACUGGCUAAUGCAGGCGACUUCGCUGCCAAUGUGUGGAACUCGUACCCCGUGCCGGUGUAUGCCACCGUCUUUAUGGCGAUUGGAGCAACAUUCGCCGGCAUCAUGUCCGUCUAUGCCCUUCUGGACUCGCGGCGUGCCUUUCGGAAUGUCAAGUUCCUUCGCAAGCAGCGCCUCGAGUUGAAGGAGGCGCGAGCUCGCAGAGCGGCAAAAUCACUGCCAACCAGAGACUUGGAUGUCCUCUUGUCUGUCAACUUUCGCGAGCUUGGUACGGAAGGUGUCAACCGCUGGGCGCUCAACAUGUUCAUGGGCGUCGGUGCCGUGCUUAUCUGCGUAGGCACGUAUCUUGCCAUUGCUGGAGCCAACCCGGGCAUCUUCUUGGCCAGUAACCUGCUAUCUGGAUACAUUGGUAAUGCCCCAAUCGCCAUCUUUGGCGCCAUCAACUCCGGCUGGGCGUACUACAUCUUCUGUAAGUCCCAGGGGCACAUCAACGCGGCUAAAAAGGCCAUUCCCGGUACCCCAUCCCUGGCUCUCAUAAAGAGGCGCAGCAGGAACCUGCAGGUCUAUACUGGCAUCAACGGCACUGCCACGAUUUUAGGAGGAGUCGGCUCCAUGAUCACCGCAACACGGUGGUGGGGCUACGUGAUACUAAUACCCGUCAUCUUGGCCUCGGUGUUCUGCAAUUACUGGUGGCGUACCAGGGCUGGCUAUUCUCGCAGAGACUUGGUGCCCUAUGGAUUGUCGAUUUUCAGCAUCGACGAGCUGUCUACAGCCUUGGAGUUUGCUGCCAGAGCAGAGGCCAAGAUCAAAGAGCAAAAGAAGACACCGAUCAACUCCUUUGUUUCGGAUCCAUCGUCUCUGCGGUCCGUACUUACAUUUAUCCAAGAACAGGAAUUGCUUGAACCUUUUUGCCUGCGGCUUGUUAAAGACGCAGGCUUACGAACGACAAUUGGUUAUCCCAAUAACCCUGCGGAAAUCGAAAUCAAAGUCGAGUCUCUCCUAAAUCUCCCCAAAGAGUGUCACCCGGCAAUCAUUCAGAUCGCCCAGGACACAGUUCGAAAGAUCGGAUCGACGCACUUCAAAUAUCGAGAACGCUACGCGGCUGAACUGCUUGGCACAUACCUUGCCAUUUCACGGCAG